CUGCAAUGAGUGCCUCGCACGACUUACUGUUAAGAAUUGUUUAACCAUUCUUUAUGCAGCGAACUGUCCUGCCGGUUCGCACAGUUCUGUGAACCGGACAUGCGCUCUUUGUCCGCUUGGUUCUUACCAGCCGUCUGUUGGUCAGAUGGAUUGCCUUCCCUGCGAACAAGGUUUCAUCACAGCCUCGCCAGGAGCUGUCAGUGUAUCGCAGUGUGAAGAAAAACCAGUUACUGAAGACAAAACAACCAUUUCUACACCAUCGGUAACAUCGCGAAAUGUUGAAAUGAAGACAAGUACCAACGAACAGCUCACAACUAAGACCCCAGGGGAGGCCAAAGAGCAGGGAAAGGCUGAUGAGUUGUCUUGGAAACUUCCCGUCAUCAUUGUUGGGGUACUUGGGGUGCUAGGUAGGCCAAGUACAAUCCUAAACGUUUCAGUACUUUCUCUUCAACUGAUAUCUUGAUGAUUAAUUAGCAAC